UGCCCAGUCGGCAACGGUAAGAGCUACAGGUAAAUUACAGCUACAGUACAGCUACAGUACAGCUAUCAGCCCUUUCCCCUUCCUUCCUCCCAGCUCAUCCAAGGUAAUCAAUCUCCCUCGUCUUGCUCGUCCCCUCGUCUCUCGUCCCCUCGUCCCCUCGUCCCCUCGUCCCCUCGUCCCCUCGUCCUUUCCUCAGGCUCUAUUCUAGCUCUAGCACAGGCACUGGUUCUGGCUCUGGCUCUGGCUCUGGCUCUGGCUCUGGUUUCAGCAGAAUAAGUUUUUGUUGAUCGUUGCUUCCCCGUAAAUCUUACUUCGAGAAAACAUCCUUUUAUGGCACUUUCCGUACGGCCCCUGGUACCGACUUUGAGCCUCUCCUUGCCUCUCCUUUCCUCUCGCCGAGUUCUAUAAGACGAGCUCGCUUUUCCUGUGUUUCUCGUCUAGACACCUUCUUUUCUGCAAUUCCCCUCAUCCACCCCUGCUUCAUCUUCGACCGGUUGCCUCAUUCGACAUCGACAGCCCCCUUCACCAUGGAGUCGAUCAUGCUACCUUCGCCCGUGGACGUCCUUCACCACACCUCGCCAGUGCAGGAAAAAGAAGCCCUCUCCUCCAAGAACCAGACACGUCUCUCCUCCUCCAUCUCGUCGGCCUGCGAAAACUCGUGCAAUUGGGGGAGAAGAAACCGUCAUGGCUCGUGGCUGCACUCACUGGGUUGUCUAGGCGUGAUGUGUCUGGCACCACUGCUGGUCAUCUUCUACUUCAUCACCCUCAACCACUUCCACGGAUCCAUCUCACUCUCCUCCAAACUGCUCCUCGAGAUCGGUCCGCUCUCCUUCUUCCACGUCUACUUCCCACAGGUCUCAUCCAAAGCGACGUUCGGUUAUACCGUCUGGUAUCUCUUCCAGGUCGCCCUCUACUUGGGCCUUCCUGGUCAAAUCAGCACAGGCCAACUCACUCCCGCCGGCAACCUUUUGAAGUAUAAAACGAAUGGUCUGUCCGCUUGGAUCGUCACCCAUGUUCUGUUCUUGGGGCUAAGCUGGAUUGGCAUCUUGGACCCGGCCAUUUUGGCGAAGAAUUGGGAGGGCCUGGUGGUCGCCGCCAACGUGUGGGGUUUUAUCUUGACAGGGAUUGCGUUCUUGAAGGCUUGUUACUUUCCAACCCAUGAACGAGACCGAAAGUUCAGUGGUGAGUGAUGAAUCCCAACAGUUUUCCCCUUUUUGGCGGUGGUAAAAGGGGUUGGAAAAGAAAACGCGAGUUUUGCGGCUAAUUCGUGCAAAUAGGUUCCAGGAUCUAUGACAUGUACAUGGGGAUUGAGCUCAACCCUAGAAUUGGGGAUAAGUUCGAUUUCAAACUUUUCACCAAUGGCCGGCCUGGAAUAGUUGCUUGGACUCUGAUGUAAGUUUCUCAACACUUCCUAAUUUCUUAUUCAGUUUGACGUUUCCCUGCAACCAAUUCUCCUCUCAUUUCGGGCCAUAUCUUCGUAUCAGCGAAUUCCACGGAAUUCGGAUCAUAAUUCUACGGAUCCCAAAUUAGAUGAGGUCCCGUUUUUACUUGGCUUCAAUCCUUAUCGCCGUCGUUUUGGUAGCGAUAUAUCAAAAAUGAUACAUCACGUGUUCUGGCCUUUUUGAUGCCUAAUUCUCACAAGAAUGUUGCAAUCGAAACAUCCGUUUUGACAACACGAUUUCACGUCUGAGAGAGUUCUCUUUGCAGGGGUUCAGGACCUCAAAGAGCCCUCGAAAAAUGAAGAUUUACAACAAACCUCUAAAACACCACUAACGCUCAUCUAGUGAUUUCUCCUUCAUCGCCUACCAAUAUCAACUCCACGGCUACAUCACCAACUCAAUCUUGAUCUCCACCCUCCUUCACACUUUCUACGUUGUCGACUUUUUCAUCAAUGAGGAUUGGUACCUCCGAACAAUUGAUAUUUGCCACGAUCAUUUCGGCUUCUACCUCGCCUGGGGUUCCUCCAUCUGGCUCCCAUUCAUGUACACCCUCCAAACUCAAUACCUCGCCCAAAACCCUUACUCUCUUUCCACUCCUCUUGCAACUCUCAUCACGCUCCUCGGUCUUUCCGGUUACGUCCUAUUCCGUUGCGUCAAUCACCAAAAAGAUCUCGCGAGACGCACUCGUGGUGAUUGUAAGAUCUGGGGUAAGCCAGCGAAGAUCUUGACAGUGAGAUAUAAGACCAAGGAUGGGGAGGAGCAUCAGAGCUUGCUGCUAGUGAGUGGAUUUUGGGGGUGGGCCAGACAUGUGAAUUAUGCUGGAGAUUUGGUGUUGAGUGCUAUGAUGUGUGCUGCUGCGGGUGGUGGAGGUGAUUUGUUACCUUGGACUUAUUUGAUUUUUAUGGGGGUAUUACUGGUACACAGAUGCUGGAGGGAUGAGGAGAGGUGUAGGGAGAAGUACGGACCUGGAUGGAUUGACUAUUGCAAGACGGUUAGAUGGGUUAUAUUUCCCGGGAUAUAUUAGGCGCUUUCAUUAGAAGAGGAGAAAGAAACAGGGGCUGGACUGGUCUGGAUUGAAUAUGGGGGUUUAUGGAUAGCGUGUGGUAUGG